GUCUCAUUCAUCAUUUUUCUAGCAACGUCGCGUAUUGACGGCGUGACUGUGACUUCAUCAUAUUCUCUCUUACUCCUUAACGGCCGCGUCGCGCUAUUUAUUAGGUAUGACCAAUCCUUCAAGAUUCGCUACCGAGACUGCCCGCUGGAAUGCGGUGCAGGCGCGGGAUCCGGCUGCGGACGGAAUGUUCGUCUACGCGGUACGGACCACGAAAAUUUACUGCAGACCAGUGUGCAAAUCGCGAAGAGCGAGAAGAGCCAACGUAUCCUUUUAUACAACCUGCCAAGAUGCAGAGCGCGCGGGAUUCCGCCCCUGCAAACGCUGUAAGCCAGAAGUCAGAGGAGGAAUGCCUGAAGAAGCAGCGGUCGCGAGGGUGCGCUCCCUAGUCGAGCAAAGUCUUUGGAGGUUUGCGAUGGAACCAGAUGGACAGUCCGAUGUUUCCGACACAACUGGUGAGCUGGCACAGAAAGCGCAGGUUUCGAAAUGGCAUUUCCACCGUGUCUUCAAGGAAAUGAUGGGGAUGACGCCUGCGGAGUAUGCGAAUCAGCAGAAGGCUUUAAGAGCGGACUAUUCGAAGCUGGGAGAGGAGACUCAGACGAAUACCCCCAGCUCGCAUCUUACGCCCAAUUUUACGGAUACGCUGGGAGGGAUUCCGUAUGAGGAGCCGAAUGUAGAUAUUGACUGGAGCGCUUUAAUUAACGAUGACGGCAUUAUUCCCUUGAAUGAGACGGUGGACUUUAACGAGGUUAACGAGGUGUCUGGAUUUAUGCCCAUACUACCGGAGUGAGCUUGAGUGAGUUUCAGAGAUUACACGAAGUACUGCUCCGUGCGAAAAAAACUUUUCAUUACGGAGCCGGGAUACGAGCUGAAGAUAUCGUUCCCCAGUUUCACGAUUUUGACGUCGAACUUCGAUACUCACCGAUUACAUGCAUGUCAGGCAGCGAGUAUCGCGCGUGCGCUCAUAAGCCGGGCUCUCUAUCAAUUACUCUUCAACGGCAUUCGUAGCGAGCGAGCGAGUACCUAUCGAUAACGUAACUAGAACCCACCGGGUCGAAGAGUAUCAUAUACCAGGUAUUCGG